GCAAUUACAUUUUGAUGGGUCUUUUCGAGGGUUUUACAUCAGAUAUUAAGUGUAGAUUCAAGGAGUUGGAACUCAAUAUGAUUUCCCACAUAGAUUCUAAGAUUGAUGAAAGUUUGCAAUUUUACUUGGAUUUGAAAUUUAAUGACUUGAAAGAAAAGUUUGAUGAUUUAAAAGCUUCUCAGAGUGUCGUGGAUAUCCGUGAUGAUAGUGGUGGUGAUAGUGAUGAUGAAUCUGGUUUGAAAGAUGGUGUUAAUGUUGAUUUGGCAGUGAAGGAUGAUCUAGUUAUGAAAGAGGUUGAUGAUGUAGAUUUGGUUACUGAAAAUGUUAAAGAUUAUUCUAUUGAUCCUGUUUUAAAUCUUGCUGAAAGUGGUGGUGUGUUGGUUAAUGAGGGAGACACUGUUGUAGAGGGUGAAGGUUUACAAAAUGUUGGAGAUGGUGGUUUGGUUAAAGAAGGACACACUGCUUUACUGGGUGAUAAUGAUGAUGUUCCAAGUUUUGAUAUAAUGGGUUUUCUUUCAUCUCAGCCCGAUGCUAAUGCUGAUAAAGAGAAGAGGAAAAAACAAGAUGAAGAUGAUCAUGCUAAGUUUAAAGAUUUAAAUAAGAAAUCAAAAGAUGAUGAAGAUGAUGGUGAUGACCAGGGUAUGGGUGGUGAUGCUGUUUCUUCUAUUGUCAAGGAAGUUAUAAAGGGAAUUAAUGAGGGUGAUGACAAAUCUAAAAAAGGUGGAUCAGAUACCAAGGAUGAUGUUGGUGGUGAAGCAAGAAAAAAUAUGGUUGAUUCAUCUGCAAUUGAUGUUGUUGUGGCUGGUGUCAUUGGGUCUCCUAACUUGUUUGAUAGUCAAGGUACAGAAGAUAGUAUUACUUUGUCAGCCAUGGAGAUCAUUAAUGAAAAAAUUGAAACCAUUGAAGGAAGCCUGAAAAAGGAAAAGAAUUUAGAAGCUAAUUCUUAUGAGUUUGCAAAGAGGGUUCCCAAUAUUGGAUCUGCAUUGAGGAGUCCAUUUACAUCUGAUUUUGGUUCUAUUGGGAGUAGUAGUAAACCAAAGGGAGAACAAUCUAAGUUGCUUGCUUUUUCUUCAGUUGCACUUGACCGUAUUGAUGAUCUUCAGUCUAAACUUUUUGAGCAGUGGUUUAAGGUCGGUUUCAAUGAUAGGAACAAGAUUAAAAAGUUUAAAGAACGUGAUAGGAAAUUGAAAGUCCCGUUGGAUUUUGCAAUUAUGAAGAUUGAUGAUAAGAUGUGGUUUUAUGAUUUGCUGACUCCUGGAAGAAAUUUGUCAUGCUCGGUUAGUCCAUUUAUUUUUUAUUUUUAUGUUUGAUUUUAAAUGGGUUUUUACAUUAUAUUUGAUUUUUUAUGAAUUUAUUUUGGCUUUUUUUUUCUAAUGCUGCAUUUGGAUGUUUGUUUUUACUACUUGAGAAAGGAGAUAAAGUACAAUGAGAGUGUAAACUCUUUUGUUAAUACCACUGAUU